GUAGGGGGGGAGAUUGGGUCGGGUUCGGGCUCGGCUGGGUAAGGUUGGGUCGGGCGCUGCUUCCCUCCUCUCUCUCUCUUCUCAGCAAAGGCGGGAAAGCAGAGCAAAGGAAGGGAAAUGGGGGCGAGACAUGGAAUUAUUCGGGGGGCGGGCAGGGAGACUAACUCCAGGCAGGCAGGCAGGCAGGCUCUCAGCGAUGGAAGUGAGGGGCGAGAGGGGGAGGGAGUGUGCGACUAUAUCACACCCUCUCACACGCCCACCGCACAGGCACACGCGCGCGCACUCUCUUUGCCCCCCCGGCGGCUUUUUUUCUGACAGGUGCCACAGCAACGCCCCGGUGUGUCGGGCGCGAGACCCGCCCGCGGAGCACCGCUGCCUCUUCUGGGAGAGGAGGGCAGAGGGCGGAAAAAGCAUUGCUUUGCCUUCCUGCUGCUGUAUGCUUGAGCGUCUGCUGCUCGAUGGGCUGGGCUUGCGGGGAGGGCGCACAAGCGCGUCUGCGUGUGUGUGUGCGUGGGCUCGGCGCCCUGGCGCUGGGAAGCUGCCUGGGGGUUGGUGCUUUGUGAUUGCUUUUUCUUUUUUCCUUUUUCUUUUUCUUGCUUGCUUGCUUCUUUGCUUGCUUUGCUUGCUUCGUUUUGCUUGUUUGCUUUGCUUUACUUGCUUACUUUCGGCUUUUGGCGCUGGGCUUUGGGCGCGAGGCGAGCAAGCGCGCGAGGCGCUGUGAGCGGUCAAGAUGCUGUGGCUGUGGCUGUGACUGUGGCAGUGGCAGUGUUGGUGUCGGUAUCGGUGUGGUGUUUGGGCUCGCUCUCGCUCUCGCUGGGUCGUUUGUCCGUUUGUUUGUCCGUUUGCUUGUUUGCUUGUUUGUUCGUUUGGCUGUUUGGCUGUUCGUGUGCAUCUGCUGCAUAGUUAGGUACGCAUGUCCGGUCGUGGAUAGAUAGGGAUACCCUGAAUCAGCGAUUUUUGUAUUUCGGCUUGUUCGCGGAGUACUACGGGAUACGUAGAAAUAGAUCUCAGUUCUUUAUUUUUAUUAUUUUUAUCAUCUUUUACCGUUUUACUUUUUUCGGAGAUCGUCUUAUUUUCCUGCUUGCAAGU